AUGAUCAGAUCUUUGGGAAAAAAUCUUUCUUUGUUCAGACGUGGUUUGGCAACAAGUGCCCCAUUUUCCAAAACUUCUCAAUUGGACAGAGCUACUCUUACUUUGAAAGAUGGACCAGUGUUCAAUGGCUAUUCUUUCGGGGCUAAUAAAAACAUAAGUGGUGAAGCUGUCUUCACCACUUCUUUGGUUGGAUAUCCCGAGUCUAUGACUGAUCCCUCCUAUAAGGGACAGAUUUUGUGCUUCACUCAGCCUUUGAUUGGAAAUUACGGUGUCCCUUCUUCGACCGAAAAAGACCAAUUUGACCUUUUGAAGUAUAUGGAAUCGGCUCUGGUGCAAUGUAUUGGUAUUGUUGUAGCUGAUGUCGCAUUGGAAUACUCUCAUUGGACUGCUGUUGAAUCCCUUCAACAAUGGUGCCAAAGAUCAGGAGUCGCAGCAAUCAGUGGGGUUGAUACCAGACAAUUGGUCAGCUACUUGAGGGAAAAAGGUUCUUCUUUGGCUAAGAUUACCAUCGGUGAAGAGUAUGAUGCAGAACAAGACGAAGCUUUUGUUGAUCCCGGUUCAGUGAACUUAGUGCACAAAGUAACUACUAAGGCACCCUUUCACGUGUCUUGUCCAGAGAAGUUUGACAAGGGUUACCACGUUGCAGUUUUAGAUUGUGGUGCCAAAGAGAAUAUUUUAAGGUGUCUUGUUGAGAGAGGUGCAUCCUUGACUGUAUUCCCAUACAAUUACCCAAUCCACAAGAUUGCUAACAAGUUCGAUGGUGUCUUCAUCUCCAACGGCCCUGGUGACCCAACUCACUGCUCCCAGACUGUGGAUAACUUGAGAGCUACCAUGAAGUCGAACGAAGAAUUGCCAAUUUUUGGAAUUUGCCUUGGUCACCAGUUAUUGGCUUUAGCUGGAGGAGCAAAGACAAUAAAAUUAAAAUACGGUAACAGAGCUCACAACAUUCCAACGUUGGAUUUGCUUUCCGGAAAGUGUCACAUCACAUCUCAGAAUCAUGGUUACGCGGUAGAUGCAGACACAUUGAGUGCAGAUUGGAUGCCAUACUUUACGAACUUGAAUGACUUGUCCAAUGAAGGUAUGCAGCACAAAACCCGUCCAAUUUUUUCAACUCAAUUCCAUCCAGAGGCUAAGGGAGGACCAUUGGACACUUCGUACUUGUUUGACAAAUUCUUCAAGAACAUCGAUGUUUAUAAGAGCAACAACGGUUUGAACUUGGGGAACAUCAGAGACUCAUUGUUGGUGGACAUCUUGCCCAAAGAAAGGGUUGUCUAG